AUGGCACUUUCGCACUUAUUGGUGUCGGCACUGCUUUUCCACUCUAUUUGUGGCCACCUCAUUACUCCUGCAGCAAUAAUACCCGCGAGAGCGAGCCAGCCUGCGACUGUGGGCUCCGGUGGUGACAAGGAGGUGGAUGUGCCAUUGGCCAACCAGCUCUUCAAACGCGACACUCUUUUCUGCGACGGUGCUACUGGAGCUUUCAAGUGCACCAUAGGAACCUGCUACACAGGCCUCGAUGGAUUCGUCGGGUGUUGUUCUGUUUCGAACUGCAAACCGCGGACUACGUGCAUGGAUUGGCAUCCUUCAGUCGCGGUGAAUGUCGACGUCGACACGGUCGGUUUCAUGUAUUGCUCCGAUCCAUCGCUCCCACUGUGCAAUACCCUCUCGAAUAGUGUUGCAGACCAAUACAUCAUCUGGUGUGGUGCGACGGGCGGCCUACAAGUUACGGGGUACCCAAAUCCUGUCACGAAAGGCUCGAUGGCAUCCGACUUACCUUCGCCAUUCGAUUCUGGCCUACUUUUCCCAUCGACCACAACAGAGUUCACCGAAAAGCUCACGGCCAAGGCGACUCCGUCUGUGGUCACUGUUGUAUCUACUCAAGCACUGCCAACAGCAACAUCCUCACCUACCGAGGACGAGCAGACUAAAGAAGCGGGAUCAAAGAAAGAGCAUGAUUCGACUCCACAUGGCGCCAUCGUGGGCAUUGCCAUGGGCGCAACAGCGGGAGGAGUGUUGCUUCUGGCUGCUCUGUGGUACUUCCGACAUACUCGCAAAAGCAAUGGAAAUGCGCAUGGAGACGGAGAAAAGCCGACUUCUCCAUCCCCUGACACUUCACGGCCACCAUCCAACGACAGUCAAGGCUCUCCGUACGCCGCGUCAAAGUCGCUCGCGCCAAUCGACACGAAGAACAGCUCACCCGUCUCUCGCUUUCCUGGACAUCCAAACCGCCUCAACGACAUCGGCUCACCAACCAGCUCAGCCGUCGAAUUCGGCAGCCUCCAGCGAUACACGGUCACAAACCCAGACUUAACCUCACCAGGAGAAACCGCCGCUGCCAGCCCAGUCGAGGCCCCAUCAUCGCCAUACACCUUCCACGCACCAAAGCUCCAACAAAACACCUCCCCAACCUCCCUCGUCUCCCCACUAGUCGGCGACACAACCCGCGACUCCACCGUCUCCGCCCUCUGGCCGAGCCCAGCCCGCCCCCCAUCCAGCACCUUCACGCCCUACACCCCCUCCAACUACGCCCCCUCCGCCCCCUCCAGCCUCCCCCGCUCCACAAACCUCCAGCCCCCAAGCCUCCCGCAACCCUACUCAACCGCCACAUUCGCAACAACAACCACCUCCUCCUGCGCCCCCUACACGCCCUCAACCUACCGUUCCGAAGCUCCCGACAGCAUCCCGCCGACCCUCAGGCCUUCGUGUGUGCUUCCGCAGGAGUACUCGGCUGCGACGGUUGAGUCGGAGCGCACGGAGGCGAGGUCGCCGGUUUAUCGGGGACUUAGUGGGAAUGCGGCGCCGUCGGAUUUUUUGAGUGCGGAGAGGGCGAUUGGGGGUGGGUGGGAGAAUGGGAGUCCGACGAGGGGGGAGCGUUGA